AGCCAUCUCUCUCUCUCCUGUUGCUUCACUAGACCAUGGACUUGCUCUCUAUCUCAGCUCCACUUUCUCCUCACCCUCUCUCUCCCUACUACUCAUUGGGAUCUCUCAGACUCCGUAAUUCUCUCCCUAAACCCCCUUCUUUCUCUGUCCGACGUUAUAUAUCAUCAUCAUCUUUGAAAUGCUCGCUUGGUUCUCAGCAAUUGACCUCAUCAUCUACGAGUUCCAAUGCCCUAGGUAGUCUAGGGUUGGGGCUCAGAGAGCCUCAUUUGUCUCUCCAUUUAUCCGCUCCACAGUCGCCGGCCACUGCCAUGAGAGGCGCUGAAACUGACGCUAUGGGGCUGUUGCUGAGGGAGAGGAUCGUGUUCUUGGGCAACAACAUCGACGAUUUCGUUGCUGACGCCAUUAUCAGUCAGUUACUGUUGUUGGAUGCACAAGACCCAAGCAAAGAUAUCAGACUCUUCGUCAAUUCGCCCGGUGGGUCUCUGAGUGCUACAAUGGCUAUCUAUGACGUAGUACAGCUUGUGAGGGCCGAUGUUUCAACAGUUGCAUUGGGCAUUUCGGCGUCAACAGCUUCUAUAAUCCUCGGUGGUGGCACCAAAGGCAAGCGCUUUGCAAUGCCCAAUGCACGGAUUAUGAUACACCAACCUCUUGGAGGAGCAAGUGGGCAAGCAAUAGAUGUUGAAAUUCAAGCUCGAGAAAUUAUGCAUAACAAGGAUAACAUCACGAAAAUUAUAUCUUCUUUUACUGGUCGCUCAUAUGAACAAGUUCAGAAAGAUAUUGACAGGGACCGUUACAUGUCUCCUAUUGAAGCAGUUGAAUAUGGAAUAAUUGAUGGGGUUAUUGAUAGAGAUAGCAUUAUUCCUCUUUACCCUGUCCCAGAAAAGGUGAAAGGUACACUGAAUUAUGAGGAGAUCAGCAAAGAUCCAAGGAAAUUCUUGACACCAGAUAUCCCUGAUGAUGAGAUAUAUUAGCUGGGGAUAAUUUAUACAGGUAAAAUGCGCAAGGAGGGGCCAGGUAUCAAGGCAUCAGUCAGGACUUGGAUUAUUAAAUUUUGAUCCUCUCACUUCCCUUUGUGCUACUGAUGGUUCCAGAAUACAUCUUGUUCUCUCUAGUGUUUGUUGAAUAUUAGAAUGAUGCAGAGGAAUGGCAUUAUGGAAAUUAGAUCCCAAUAGGACAUGCCUUUUUUCUAUUCUUUCUUUUAUGUGGCAAAUUAUUUCAGUUGGAUGUGAAUUUUCAUUAUGGAAUUAUUAUCCUUGUGGCAGAUGAUUAAUAAUAAGCUGUGCAGACUUGUUGCUAUCGUAAUAUUAUUUGAAUUUGUUCGU